CUUUCUGCUGUCUUUACAUUUGUCCAAUUCACUCCGUCUUUUCAAUAUAACGCAAAUGGCAACUGUAGUAAUAGUAAACAAUAGAGCACUAGCUGCGAUUAUCCACAGGCGAUAUAUGCUUGUCCCCUAAGGCCCAGUGUAAGGAGUUCCGGUUUUGGACUCUAAGUGACGCUGUUGGUCAGCAAAACGAUUUCAGUGUUAACAGCCAGCCUAUCCCCCUCCCAAACUACCGUACUAGAGCAUGACACCGGAGAUAUUGUCCUUCGUGGGAGGACAGAGAGUGAAGAGACGAUUUUUUUUUUUUUUUUUACACAUUUGUCUUUGGAAUAUAGGAGGAGCGCGUUGUCAUCUGAAAGUAGUACAAUAUAUUUAAGCUGGACUACAAGCUCUUGUUUGUUUUCUUCAAGUGAGGACGCAUCAUUCAUCAAGAUCUGUUGUUUCUGAUAUGGCAACCCGAGGCCAACCCUACCCUAGAAGUGUAAGAUGGCGAUUGUCUUGUAUAUUACGAUGUCAAGUGGGGAUUCUCAUUUUGCUUACUUUUAUGGGUGAUAGAGUGGCUGGCCAGAUUCGCUAUUCUAUUCCAGAGGAGAUGAAAAAGGGCUCCGUUAUUGGCAAUGUAGCACAAGACCUUGGUCUGGAUCUGAAAAGGCUCCGCUCUGGCCGGGCCCGUAUCGUGAGCGGAGAAAACAUCCAGUACACCGAGCUGAGGACAGACAAAGGGAUUCUAGUUGUGAAUGAGAGAAUCGACCGAGAGCAGCUUUGUGGAGACGUGACACCGUGCAGCCUCAGCUUCGAAAUCAUUUUAGAAAAUCCUAUCGAACUACAUCGUGUCACUGUCGAAAUUUUAGAUAUAAACGAUAAUACCCCUUUCUUUCCAAAUAAAGACAUCCAGUUUGAAAUGAGCGAAUCUGCUACAAUUGGUUCUAAAUUUCCUGUUGAAAGCGCAGUUGAUCCUGACGUUGGACUAAACGCCUUACAAAAUUACGUUCUAUCUCCGAAUAAUUAUUUUAUUCUUAAACAACAUGCAAAUCCAGACGGCAGUAAAUACGCUGAGCUGGUGCUCCAGAAGCCAUUAGACAGAGAGGAACACCCCAGUCUCCCUUUAAAAGUAAUAGCUGUCGACGGUGGAAACCCCCAGAGAUCUGGUACGGUGAAUAUAAAUGUAUCUGUAUUAGACGUAAACGAUAAUGCCCCUAUAUUCAACCAGUCAGUUUACAGGGCCGCCGUUGUGGAAAAUGCGCCAAAAGGGACUUAUAUCACAACAGUUAACGCUUAUGAUGCAGACAUUGGCACUAACGGGGAAAUAAUAUUCAGUUUUUCGAAAAUUAAAGGCAGUAUCGUUGAUAUGUUUAGCAUUGAUGAAAGCACAGGUGUCAUCUCAGUUUCUGGACUUAUAGACUUUGAAAAAGAGAAAAAAUAUGAGCUUAGGUUAGAGGCAAGGGAUAGAGGAGGUUUGACUGGGACCAGUAAAGUUAUCAUUGAGGUUAGUGACGUCAACGACAAUGUUCCAGUAAUUAAUAUCAUGUCAUUUUCUAAUACUAUAUCAGAAGAUGCCCCUCUUGGCACAACAGUAGCUGUUAUUAAUGUCAAAGACGCUGAUUCAGAGACAAAUGGACAGAUAAAAUGUACAAUAGACAAAACGCUUCCGUUUAAAAUCAAAUCGUCAAUAACGAACUAUUAUAAUUUGGUGGCGGAUCAGCAUUUUGACAGAGAGACGACUGCUGAAUAUGACAUUACAAUAAUAGCCACCGACUCAGGGUCUCCUCCUCUUUCUAGCUCCGUCACAUUGCAACUUAGAAUCACUGACGUAAACGAUAAUGGCCCAGUAUUCGACAAAAACUUAUAUUCUGCCCACAUCACAGAGAAUAAUUCCCCCGGAAUGUCCAUCACCACUGUUAACGCGCGGGACUCUGACUGGCAUCAAAACGCGAGAAUCUCCUAUUUCCUGGAGGACACACAAAUCAGCGGUAAUCCAGUGUCAAACUAUGUGGCCAUAAACUCUGAAACUGGGGUUUUGCAUGCUGUGCGUUCGUUUGAUUAUGAACAAAUUAAAGAACUUCAGCUUACUGUGAAAGCGCAGGAUGGAGGCUCCCCUCCACUCAGCAGCAAUGUGACUGUGAAAAUAAUGAUCCAGGACCAGAACGACAACCCGCCUCAGGUUCUGUACCCAGUCCAGACUGGUGGCUCUCUGGUGGCUGAAAUGGUGCCUCGUUCAGCAGAUGUGGGCUAUCUGGUCACUAAAGUGGUGGCUGUUGAUGUGGACUCUGGACAGAAUGCCUGGCUCUCCUAUAAACUGCAGAAAGCCGCAGACAGGGCGCUGUUUGAAGUGGGCUUACAGAAUGGAGAAAUAAGAACUGUCCGCCAAGUCACUGAUAAAGAUGCUGUGAAACAAAGACUGACUGUUAUAGUGGAGGACAACGGGCAGCCCUCUCGUUCAGCUACAGUCAUUGUUAACGUGGCGGUGGCGGACAGCUUCCCUGAAGUGCUGUCGGAGUUCACUGACUUUACACACGACAAGGAGUACAACGACAACCUGACUUUUUACUUAGUGUUGGCUCUGGCUGUAGUUUCCUUCCUCUUCAUCACGUGUUUAGUGGUUAUUAUAUCAGUGAAAAUCUACAGAUGGAGACAGUCUCGCAUCCUGUAUCACUCCAGCCUCCCUGUGAUUCCGUAUUAUCCACCACGUUACUCGGACACUUUGGGGACAGGGACUCUCCAACACGUGUACAAUUACGAGGUGUGCAGGACGACUGACUCCAGAAAGAGUGACAGUAAGUUCGGCAGAGCUGGUAGUCAGAACGUGCUGAUAAUGGACCCCAGUUCUACAGGGACGAUGCAGCGGAUACAGAGUGAAAAGAGCAUCCUGGAUGAGCCAGACUCUCCUCUAGAGGUGAGUUAUAUAAUGUAGCUUCGUCUCUGUAUCAUAAUUUCUCUUUCUGUGUUUAGCUACAUUGAUAGUGAACUGUUGCGCGCUAUACCUUCAUUUUCAGCACUAUGGACAGCAUCUCACAUUGCAUCACUCGCUUCUGUAUUUAUAUUCGGAACUUCGUGCUGCUAUAUCAUUUCACACGCACGUUACUUUUACCUAGUUGCAUUGUGUGUUAAAGCGGAGUGAUAACCUACUUGUUUUUUGCAACAUUAUAAAUAUGCUUUCUGUUGUAGUUGCUGUUCCUCUUUAACCUCUCUAUUUACUACUUUCAAAUUAUAGGCAGCAUUUAACCAUUCAACCAUUAACUGCUAUUCAAAUAUUCAGCACUGUAGUGCUGGACACUUCCACACAAUGAGACUCGUUUGCUAACGCUGCUCUAAAUCGCUGACUUCUGUCUGUGGUAUGAUUAUGUGUGGAGUUUGUGGUUACAUCGUGGUUUGAGAUAUUCCAUCUAUUAUUUUUUAGUGCCUGGCAAUAAGUUAUUUUGUAUUCAUGUGGGUUCACAGAGUAGAUUGCAUAGAUUUUUUUUUUUUUUUUACCUAUUUGCAGUUGACCCGGUUCUUUCCUCCUUUUGGACUCUAAGGGACGCUGUUGAUCAGUAAAACAGAGUCUAGUGUUGUUAGGGCUGUGAUAGAGGAGAGAAAGAGGAGAGGGAGAAACACUCUCUUCUUACAAGGAGGCAUUCGACGGAAAUACAGUCGCUCGGAAACAGCAUUUUUUCUUUGAUAAUAAUGGAACAAUUUUGCUGGACAGAAAUGCAGCACUAUUGAACUGGAAUGUAACUUUCGUCUACGUGUGUGACUGUGGGAUAUAAUUUGCGGUUCCGUUUAGGAUUUUAUU